CUUGUAAUAAAAAAACAUGUAUUCUUUUUCAUACAUAUUUAUUGAUUCAUUGAUGUAUUCAACUCUUGGUAAAUCGGUAAUACAGCACUGCGCAACAGUUCCAUUCCCCAACCCCAGACCAUAUCUGUACCACCGUGCCCUCAGUACUCUUACCAAGUGUGCUUGCUUUCAAGUUCAUAGAAAUAAUCAAAAAUGUCUUGUUGGACGCUUGUUCAGCAAGAUUCUUUCUUAGAGACUCCAUCUGCUGAUCAGUUAAAGACAGCGUUGGAGUCCAAAAAUGACUAUGUUAAAAUCAGCGCCAUGAAAACAAUUCUACGGAUUAUCAUCAAUGGGGACCCUUUAUCUUCUAUCCUAAUGCAUGUUAUUCGUUUUGUGAUGCCAUCAAGGAAUAAAGAACUUAAAAAGCUUCUAUAUUACUAUUGGGAAAUCUGUCCUAAAUACAAUAAUGAUGGUACGAUGAAACAGGAGAUGAUUUUGGCUUGCAACUCGUUCCGCAACGACCUUCAACACCCAAAUGAAUAUAUUCGUGGAGCUACCUUGCGGUUUCUUUGCAAGUUGAAAGAACCAGAACUUUUGGAACCUCUUAUUCCUACGGUUCGUCAAUGUUUGGAACAUCGUCAUGCCUAUGUUCGUAAAACCGCAAUCAUGAGUGUGUUUAGUAUCUAUCAGGUUUCUUCUCACCUAAUCCCGGAUGCUGCCUCUUUAAUCGAGGACGUGCUAGUGGUGGAAACUGAAGGAACUUGCAAGCGUAACGCUUUAAUUGUGCUGUGUACGAUUGAUCCCAAACUUGCUAUUAGCUGGUUAACGAAUAAUUUCGAUCACAUUAUUUCUCUCAAUGCCUCCUCUCUCCUUAUUGUCAUUGAAUUCAUUCGAAAGAUCGUCAUUGUAAACUCUCCUGACAAAGCUAAAUAUUUCUCGCUUCUAUUAGAACUUUUGCAUGUACCUUCCAGUAGUGUUGUUUUUGAAGCUUCUACUUCCUUAAUGAACAUGACGACAAACAUUCAAAUCAUCAAAACCGCUGCUUCUCGACUUUUGGACCUUGCUACCCGUGAAGCCGAUAACAACGCCAAACUCAUCAUGCUGGAUAGGAUUGCUGACCUCGUUCACCAUGAAAAGUCCGGACUAGAUGAUAUUGUUACCGACGUUCUUCCGUUCCUGGCUAAUACUGACUUUGAUGUAUGCGAAAAAGCCAUUUCCAUCAUUUUAAGUUUGGUCACCACGAGAAACGUUGACGAUAUCUUGGAGCAACUUCAAAAGGAGCUCUCCAAGUCUAAUGGUGAAUCCGAAAAUGAUGAUGCUCGUCGUCGCGCUCUUACAGAAGCUAUCCAUCACUGUGCAAUUACUUUCCCUCAAACUGCUGCUACUGCCAUUCAAUACCUCUUAAGCCACAUUUCUGAUUUUCAAAGUAAAUCUGCUUCAAGUGUUCUGUCUUUUGUUAAAGAAGUUAUGGAAAAAUUCCCAGAACUCCGUUCUGCAAACCUUACUAAGCUUUUACUUUCUUUGAAGGAAUUUCGCGCCGGAAAGAUUUUCCGCGGCGUAAUUUGGAUUGCCGGUGAGUAUUGUCUUACUGAAGCGGAUAUCAGGACUGCUUGGAAGAGCAUUCGAGCAAGUAUUGGUGAAAUUCCUAUUCUAGCUUCUGAGGAGCAACUUUUGAAUGAUGUUUCAGAUUCCCAAGAACAAGACUUGCUUGUUGAUGUCCAAACAGCACCCUCUUCAAGCCGUAAAAUUCUUGCAGAUGGAACUUAUGCUACCGAAAGUGCAGUAACGAGCGAGUCACUUAAUGCUGCCAGACUGGAAGCCGUGAGAGCAUCUAAAAAGCCUCCUCUAAGGACUCAAAUAUUGGGUGGUGACUACUAUUUGGCAACAGCGUUAGCUUCCGCUCUUACUAAACUUGUUAUGCGUUAUAGCCAAAUUUCGAAUGAUCAUGAGAGGCUGAACGCUCUUCGUGCUGAAGCAACCUUGAUUAUGACAUCCAUUAUCCGAGUUGGACAGUCGAAGUUUGUUAAAUAUACGAUCGACGAUGAUUCUAUUGAGCGUAUUCUAAGCUGCAUUAAGGCUCUUUAUUCCUUUGAAGGUUUUGACCCACUACAAAAGGUCUUCCUUGAAGACACAAAAAAUGCAUUUUCUCACAUUGUCUUAGAGAAUGAAAAACGUCAAAAGGCUGAAGCGUCUCUUGCCAAUGAACGUAACGCCAUGCAACCUGAUGAUACUCUCAACAUUCGACAACUUAGCAGAGCAAUUGAGGAAAAAGCUGAAACAUCUUUUGAAUCUGAUGUGAUUCAGGCUGCAAGUGAUGGUAUUGUUAUGGAAGAUUUGUCAUCUAAAUUGGAUCAUGUUGUAUCCUUGACUGGGUAUACUGAUCCGGUAUACGUUGAGGCAUAUGUGAAGAUUCAACAAUUUGACAUUAUCUUGGAUAUUCUUAUAGUUAAUCGUACCGACAGCACUUUACAGAACCUUUGCCUAGAACUAGCCACGCUCGGUGAUCUUAAAAUUGUAGAACGGCCUGCUCCCCUUAAUUUGGCUCCCAGAGCAUUUAAUUCCGUUCAAGCAACUGUGAAGGUUUCCUCUACUGAUUCCGGUGUAAUAUUUGGUGCAAUUUCUUUUGGUGGUAAAGCUUCCGAAGAAGAUCGAGUAGUUAAUUUGAGUAGCAUAUCUCUAAACUUGAUGGAUUAUAUCAAGCCCGCCAGUUGUCCUGAAUCCAAAUUCCGCAGCAUGUGGACUGAAUUUGAAUGGGAGAACAAAGUUGAUAUCUCAUCCAAUGAAAAUAUUAACUUAAUGGAAUUUUUGCAUAAACUAAUGAAGAAGACGAAUAUGAAUUGCCUUACUCCUGAUGCUAGCUUGCGGGGAGACUGUGGUUUUUUGAGCGCUAAUUUGUACGCCCGCAGCAUUUUUGGUGAGGAUGCGCUGAUGAGUUUGAGUGUUGAAAAGUCUACGGAUGGGCCUAUAUCUGGUCAUGUUCGAAUUCGCUCUAAGACCCAAGGAAUUGCUCUCACUUUGGGCUCUUUAGUUGCUGCUUAAAAGAUUUCCGAUUGCUAUUAAGAUCAUUCACACUUUACGAGAAGCUUUCAACUCUCACACUGACACAUUGAUAGAUAAAUAGCGUUUUUCGAUAUUCUACACUCAUCUUUUGUUUUUAUGAUUUGGAACACUGCUAGCGCAAAUGACGUUUAGAAGAAUAUAUUAACUAUCGUUUUCCAAGCCUUUUCCUUUUCUCUUAUUAUCGAUUUCGAAUAAAGUUUUGCCAAUAGAAUAAUUACUAUUUGCACAGAUGGUUUCAAUGAAAUAUCUUCUAUUAAUUUUAGUAUGGUAUGUAUAGAUGAAAUCACAAAGAUCUAUGCUUCUAAUAAGGAUUAGCAUAAGC